UAAGAAGACUGAGGUCUUUUCUUCAAGGACCUUAUACCCGAGAGGAGGAAAUAAGACAAUGUGUGCACAAGAAGAGUUGAACUUCCGUUCUUUGUGGUAAAAUGGAUUUGUUGUGGCUCAACCAGUUUGGAAUCCUUCUCUGGAAAAAUUUCAUAUUAAAGAGGCGGAAGAUAGUUUCUCUAGUUGUGGAAAUCUGCAUGACAGCGCUCUUCUCUGCAGUGAUUUUGCUUUAUCGCAAAGAUACGCUAAAUGAUUUUCGAAAGGCUUCUAUUUACCGACCUCUUCCCUUGAGUAAUCUGCCUGAUUUCUUCAAUGAUACAGAAACUACAUUUGAAUUGGUUUAUGUCCCUUCUGAAAGUGAUGUGGCAAGAAAUAUUACGGAGAUGGUGAAAGCGGAUUUAAAAAUCAAUUUUGCAGUUCGAGGCUUUUCUUCAGAAGAAGAUUUUGAGAAUUACAUUAGGUUUGAAGAGAAGUCUGUUAAUGUGCUGGCUGCUAUUGUAUUUGAUCAUGACUUCAAAAACAAUGACCGUUUGCCACUUCAGGUAAAAUAUCAUCUGCGUUUUAGUGGCUUUGUUAGACGGAGUCAUCAUACAAAUAAGUUAGUUGCUCGAAGACGCCAUACAUGGGAAACAGCUCUUCUCUUUCCAACAGUACCUUCUCAAGGACCCAGGAAUGGGGCUGAAGAUGAUGGAGGAGAUCCUGGGUACAUCAGACAAGGGUUCCUGGCUCUGCAGCAUGCCAUAGAUAAGGCCAUCAUGGUACACCAUAGUGGCAGACGUGGAGAAGCUUUGUUUGAUAAUGUCAUCAUUUAUGCUAGGAGAUUUCCAUACCCUGCUUUUUAUUUUGAUCCAUUUAUGUGGGCUUUUAUGACUAUUUUCCCUUUGAUAGUUUUACUUGUAUUUUCUCCAACUGAACUUACCCUUAUCAGGACCAUCGUUACGGAAAAGGAAAACAGAUUAAAGGAGUACCAGCUCAUGAUAGGGCUCAGUAGUGCUAUGCUCUGGGCUUCCUAUUUCAUCACAUACUUACUGAUGUUUUUAAUCAUCGUCUGUUUACUGUGCGUGGUUUUAUUUGUCAAGAUUGUAUCUACAGUUGUCCUCCCAUACAGUGACCGAUCUCUCGUCUUCAUCUUUUUCCUGUGUUUUGUCAUCGCCUCCAUAUUCUUUGGCUUUCUGCUUACCACAUUCUUCAAUACAACUGCUUUGGCUGUUUCUAUUGGAGGUUUCCUCUAUUUUCUCGCCUUCUUUCCAUUUGUAAUCAUCACUAUCUUCUAUGAACGGAUGAGCCUCACGGAUAAGCUGGCUUCCUGUCUCAGCUCAAACAUUGCAAUGGCUAUGGGGCUUGAUAUAAUAUGCAAGUUGGAAAUGAAGAAAUAUGGUGCUCAGUGGAAUAACUUCUUGUUACCAGCGAACCCGGGUGAUAAUUUUGCGUUGGCCCAUGUUAUGGGAAUGCUUUUGUUUGAUGCUUUCUGGUAUGGCCUUUUGGCCUGGUAUAUAGAUGCUGUCUUUCCAGGGAAGUAUGGUGUGCCCAAGCCAUGGUAUUUCUUUUGUCAGAAAACCUACUGGCUUGGGAAAGCUGCAAGCAUUAAGAAGAAAGAAGAGAGUGAAAUUAGUGAUAUAUCUCCAAAUCGCUAUUUCGAAGAAGAACCUGUUGAUUUGGUGCCUGGUAUCCAGAUCCAGCAUUUGUACAAGAAAUUCACAUUACAGAAUACUGUCGUAAGGGCAGUACAAGACUUGUCUUUGAAUAUAUAUGAGGGGCAAAUCACUGUUCUUCUAGGGCAUAAUGGGGCAGGAAAGACUACCACCUUAUCUAUCCUCACAGGUUUCUAUCUUCCUUCCCAUGGAAAAGUCUAUAUUAAUGGUUAUGAUAUCUCCAAAGACAUGGAUCAAGUCAGGAAAAGCAUGGGCUUGUGCCCCCAGGAUGACAUAUUGUUUCCAGACCUGACAGUAGAAGAACAUCUCUCUUUCUACUGUGUGAUAAAAGGAGUACCUCCAGAGAAGCGUCGCGUGGAAAUUGAAAAAAUGCUGACUGCUUUUGGCUUGAUAGAAAAGCGUAAUGUAGUUUCACAGUCGUUGAGUGGAGGAAUGAAGCGCAAACUCUCCAUCAUUAUAUCACUUGUAGGAGGCUCCAAGGUAGUGAUACUUGAUGAGCCGACAUCUGGCAUGGACCCAGUCUCGAGGAGAUUCACCUGGGAUGUCCUUCAGACGUGUAAACAGAAUCGUACUAUCUUACUGACUACCCACCACAUGGAUGAAGCUGACGUUCUGGGUGACCGCAUAGCCAUCAUGGUCAAGGGAUCACUGCGGUGCUGUGGCUCUUCAAUUUUCCUGAAAAAAAUAUAUGGUGUGGGAUACCACUUAAUUAUGGUGAAGGAACGUCAUUGUAAUGUUAAUGAAAUUACCCAACUGAUUCAUUCUCAUAUACCAAGUGCCAGAUUGGAGAAUAAUGUUGCAGCUGAAUUAUCAUUUAUCCUACCCAAAGAGUACACACACAGGUUUAAAGACCUGUUUGCUGAUCUGGAAGACAGACAGGAAGAGCUGGGCAUUGCUAGUUUUGGUGUCUCUAUCACUACCAUGGAAGAAGUUUUCUUUAUGGUCAGUAAAAUGGAUAAUCCGGAUCUCCAGACCCCUUCCGUAAAUCUCGAAAAGAGAAAGGAAAACAUGAACCAGAAUAUGAAUGUACCCAGAAAUUUUGAGAGCUCAACUUCUUCUGGCUCAAGUGAACACGCUCAUAUUAGGUUUAAUACUGGGUGGACUCUUUACUGCCAGCAGUUCUUUGCCAUGCUCUUAAAGAGGGCAAUGUUCACUUGGCGCAACUGGAAUUUGGUGUUGCUGCAGAUCCUGGGACUCUUGGGUAUCGUUUAUUUUCUGAUGAGAGAGGUGAACUUUACAAGACGUAUCGAAGAACCUGCCAGGGAAAUGGAUUUGGAACAAUAUGGUGAAACCAUUGUGCCUUACUCAAUUUCUGGAAAUUCUCCAUUGACUCAGAAUUUAAAAGACAAUGUUGAGAGCAUGCUAAAAGCUAAGAAACAAAAACCUAAGGAAGUGCAAGGUGAUCUUCUGGACUACUUGGUGACAAGUGAAGAAUGCAUUUACUCAUGCAUUAUCGCACUUUCCUUUGAGGCUGUUGGAAAUAGAAUGACGUUUACCUUCUGGUUCAACAAUGAGGCAUAUCAUUCACCAUCAUUAUCCCUGGCAGUAUUAGAGAAUAUUAUUUUUACAUCACUUUCUGGCGCUGAUGCUUCCAUUAGAGUCUCCAACAAACCUCAGCCUCAAAACAGUACUACUGGUAGAUCUAGUCGAAGAAGAACUUCGGGACUCGAGAUAGCCUUGAAUUUGUUUUUUGGUAUGAGUAUUUUCGUCAGUGGCUUUUGUCUCCUGACAGUGACUGAGAGAAUCACAAAAGCAAAGCACAUCCAGUUUGUGAGUGGGGUCUAUGCCAUUAAUUUUUGGCUCUCUGCUCUGUUGUGGGACUUCCUUAUCUUCUUCAUUGCCUGCUGCUUACUAAUGGUGGUGUUCAUAGCCUGCGGAUUGGAUUUAUUGAUCAAGGAUUACCACUUUCUGGACACAUUUCUCAUCUUCAUGCUGUUUGGCUGGUCUGUCAUUCCCUUCUUGUACCUGAUAAGUUUCCUGUUUUCCAGUAAUACCAGUGCCUACAUCAAGCUCGUCCUGUUUAACUACUGUGCAGGACUUUUCGGUAUAAUAGCGGAUUUUAUAAUCACAAACAGGGACAGGGAAGCUGCUUCUAAAAGUCUCCUGCUUAGAGGAUUGAUGGUGAUACCCAUGCAUAACCUUGGGAUGAGCAUUAGCAAAUACUAUGAUAUCCAGGAGAGGAAGGUGCUGUGUUCCUCAACAAGCACUCCUCCUGCCCACCUAAAUUGUGAUAAAAUAGCUAAGCUUAACGUAUAUAGUUUGGAUGAUGACGCAAUUGGAAAAUAUUUAAUUGCAAUGGCUGUCACAGGAUUUAUUUUCUUCCUCAUCAUUUUCCUUCUGGAGACUGCUUCAUGGACCGUGAAAACCUUUGUGUUUCGCUAUAUUUUCUUUGCUAUCUACAAGAAAUUUAAUAAGGAUAGAGUGGCCAGCGAAUUAUCUGGGGAAUCUGAAGAUGAAGAUGUACAACGUGAAAGAGAGAGGAUCCUGGAGAAUGCUCCAGAGUUGCUGAAUUCCACAGUGCUUGUUAAGGAACUCACAAAGAUAUAUUUUGCAUGGCCAGCCAUGUUGGCUGUGAGAAAUAUCUCUGUUGCAAUCCAAAAGGAGGAGUGCUUUGGGUUGCUUGGAUUAAAUGGAGCUGGAAAAACUACUACUUUCAAAAUUUUGACUGGAGAGGAGACUGCUACCUCUGGGGAUGUGUUUAUUGAGCAGAUCAGCAUCACCAAAGAUCUCCGAAAGGUAAGGUCAAAAAUUGGCUAUUGUCCACAGUUUGAUGCCUUGCUGGAUUACAUGACUGCUCGGGAAAUGAUGAUCAUGUAUGCCAGGUUGUGGGGGAUACCUGAGAAGCAAAUUAAUCGUUAUGUGAAUAAGAGGUUGCAAGCACUGAAUCUGGAACCACAUGCUGACAAGUUUAUCUACACUUACAGUGGAGGAAACAAACGUAGACUGAGUACUGCUAUUGCCCUAAUGGGAAAGCCCUCAGUCAUCUUCCUGGAUGAGCCAUCAACUGGCAUGGACCCAGUAGCCCGUCGCCUGCUCUGGAACACAGUGUCACGGACACGUGAAAGUGGCAAAGUCAUCAUCAUAACUUCUCACAGUAUGGAGGAAUGUGAUGCCCUCUGUACCAGGCUGGCCAUCAUGGUAAAGGGAAAGUUCGUGUGCCUGGGCAGCCCUCAGCACCUCAAGAACAAGUUUGGCAAUGUUUACAUCCUGAAGGCAAAGAUCAAGGUCGAUACAGAUGACAAUAAAUUAGAGGAGUUUAAAGAAUUUAUUGAAAGAGUUUUCCCAGGUAGUGAAUUAAAACAUGAGAAUCAAGGGAUCCUUAGCUACUACAUUCCCAGCAAGGACAACAGCUGGGGAAAGGUGUUUGGUGUUUUGGAGGAAGCUAAAGAGGAAUUCAAUUUAGAAGACUAUUCCAUCAGUCAGAUAACACUGGAACAAGUUUUCUUGACCUUUGCUAACCCAGAGAACAUAGUUGAUGAUUGA